AUGGGUAAUUGUGUUAGUUGUGUCAUUGAAAUACAUAAUAGAACAUAUGUAUAUUUUUUGAGACCACGUGUAAAUUAUUUUGAAUGGGGAAAAAUGAAAUAUGAAACAGAAGAAAAUAAUAAUUUAAUAAACCCAAAUCAAAUAUCAAUCAAAGCUGUUCAAGGUAGAACAGAUAGCUUAUCUGGAGUAAAAGGUUAUUUUAAUUUCGAUGUUGUACGCCAAUAUGACAAUGUUGAAAUAGGUCAGAUAAAAUUAUUCUUUGAUGUUCCAUACGAUACAAAUAGAUUUUCAAGAUCUACAAACUUUGAAAUAAAUAAUUAUGAUGAUACCACUAUCGCAAUUAAAAAGGUUGAAGAAUGGGGUGGAUUUGGAUAUGCAGAAAAUAAAUGUAAAUUCAUCAUAACCUACGAUACUCCAAAAGAUUUAGUUAACACAAAUCUAUAUUCUCUUAAUUGUAUUUUUGAAAUACAUAAUACAUCAGAUAAAAUUUUAUUAAAAUCAAAUAAAAAUUAUGUGAAACGUGGAGAAUUCCUAUAUGAAAAUAAAGAAGAUCAAUACAUUGGUCCCAAUAAAAUAAUGCAUAAAAAGGUUCAAGGUAGAUUUAAUAGUAUUUCUGGAAUAGAAGGUUAUUUUAAUUUAGAUGUUUUACGACAUAUUGAUAAUGUUGAAAUAGGUCAGAUAAAAUUAAUCUUUAAAAUUCCAUAUGAUACCAAUAAAGAUUCAAGAUCUACAGACUUUAUAAUAAAUGAUUAUAGUAAAAUUACAAAUAUCGAAAAUGAUAAAAAUUUUACUAUCCAUGUUAAAAAAACUGAAAAAUGGGAAGCUAUGCUUGAAUUUGCAGGUUAUUACCGAAGUGGAUUAGGGGUGGAAAAAAAUUUAGAUAAAGCUAUAAAAUACUAUGAGAAAGCUUCGGAAAAAUUUCCACAAGCUUCGAAUGCAUUAGGAGUAAUAUAUGAAUUUGAACCCAAAUUUAAAAACAUAUCAAAAGCAAUAAAAUGGUAUGAAAAGGGAGAUGAGCAAGGAAUCGAAUUUAUAAAAUCUUAUCCAGUGAUCGGUGCUGAAAUAGAAGUGAGCAAAUUACUUUUAAAAAAUAAGAGUCAUGAUUACAUACGUCAAUCACAAAAUGAUUUAAUUGGAAUAUUCCGAGGUCUUUCAAUACAAUUAUAUGGAACAAAUAAAAAAACGUGUCAAAAAUUAAUAGAACAAAUUGGAAAAAAUAUAGAUCGUAAUAGUCCAGCUUCAUUUUCAUUUGGUAGAUUAGGUCCAAGCUCUAUCUCUUUUAGCGCGAGUUCUGAAUAUUGUUUCAAUCAACGUAAAACUAUAUUAAUUCAUGUGAUGAAUAAUAAUAUUGAAUAUUUAUCUCAAAUUGCUUAUCGAAACACACAAAAUUUAUUUAUAAAAAAUGAAUCAAAUCAAAUCAUUAAUAUUUCAGAACUUUUAACCGAAUGGACUCAAAAUACGACUGGAGAAUUUAUAUGGAGUAAAGAUAUCAUGAACUAUAAAAUUAAUAUUCUUGAUUCUAAUUAUAAUUCAGAAGAGAUGUUGAUAAUGAAAUCAUUAAAUGAAACUUUCCAAGACUUGUAUAAACAUUCUAAAAAGAUUUGGAAUAGAAUCUAUUUCCCUCUAUCAAAAUGGCCUAUAACAACAGAUUCAUGCCGUCUUUUAUACAAUAUCAAAAUCAUUCAUAAUAAGAUAGAACAAAUCAUGAGAUCUCAAUUAGCAAAUGAAACAAAAUCGAUAGCUAAGGAUAUUUAUGAUAAAAAUAUCAAAUUUAAUAUUCCUAUUAAUUCUAUACGAGAUGAUUUAAUCAUUACAACAUUAUCGGACUUGAAUAUAAUCAGAUUAACAAUAAUGUCUAUUCUCUAUCAUUUACUCGAUCAAAAAAACAAAAAAUGGAGAGUUUUAGUUUUAAAUGAAAUUAAAUCUAUAUUUGGAAAAGAACUAAAUUCAUCAAAAUUCGAAUAUAAAAAACUAUCAGAAUGCAAAAUAUUAAAUGCUGUGAUAUUUGAAGUUUUACGCUAUGAAUCAGCAAAUUUAUUACUCAAUAACCAAUCUAUAAAUAAUUUCGAUCUAACUAUUAAUCAUGAUAAACCGUUAAAAACAUUUGAUCCAUCUAGAUUUAUUGAUAAAAAUAUCAUAAAUUCGAAUUUCUUUCUACCUUUUG